AUGUCCGCAAAGAAAGGCAGCGAGACGCCCCAGGACGACAACGGCCUGUCUGCUGAAGCCGGCGCCUCAGAGCUGCCCACCAACGCCGAAGACCGCGCCGCGGCGGCCGCCCUUUCGUCCCUGAAUGCGCCGAAGACUGCAGCUGAAGGAGGCGAGGCCGAGGAGGAUGGCGCGAAGAAGCCGUCGACUGCAGACCAGGAGGCGCUCGGGAGGGCAAUGAGCAGGCUGGAGAUGAUUGCUGGCGGCGGGAAGAAAGGCGCAGCGGCGGCCGGCGGGGACAAGAAGGCGAAGACAGCGUCGACGGCGGCGGUAGUAGCUGCUGCUGCCGCUGGUGGUGAGGUUGUGAAGAAGAAGGCCGUCAAAGUUGCUGCUGAAGAUGUCAAUUUGCUGGUUGAUCAGCUGGACCUUACGAAGCCAAAGGCUACUGAGCUGCUGAGAGAACAUGAUGGGAACGCCGUCAAGGCCAUCCGUGCCUUUAUAACUCCGCCUACCGCCGCCGCUGCGUGA